UUCUGAUGGGGAUCUGCAAGCGGAGCCACACGCUCACAUCUGGAACACAUUCAUUCUUGGAGUGAGGCGACCGCCCGCCUGCGUAAUACCGCCUCCCGCAAGAUCAGCUGGAUGUGGCCUCUUUGGGAGAUUCAGCCAGAUGUGAGGAGGCUUCAGCUAGCCGAGAGCGAGAGAAGCUAAUGACAAAGUUACUGGGCUGAGUCUGCCUGAGCUGUGACUUGCGGUAUCAGCGUGCCCCCCCCCCCCCCACCAAAGCCUCGCAAUGUAUGGACGGUGGGUUCUGCUGGCGGCUGGGCUCCUGUCCCUGCAGAUCGGACACGCUCAGAGGAUGACGCAGGAGAUGGUCAUGAUGCAGUAUUUUGACAGACGACUCUCCGAACUCGAGGAACGCGUUAACAGAUGCGACCAGAGUGUACAGACAUACGAGCAGAAGCUAUACGACAUCGGCAAGCACCUGCGUGGUCACUUGGACGGCCUGGGCGUCUUUAAAGCUGAAAUGAAGAGCCUGAUGGACAGCGUGCUGAUGAGGGUGGAGCGGACGGAGAGGGACAUCGAGUACAUGGAGCAGCAGAGCCCCCUGCAGCCUUGCGUGGAUGUCGACGAAGCCGUGCUGGAGGAGCAGGUGAAGGAGGCUCAGAGGGAGACCAAGAGCAAGCUGGGGCUGAAAGCAGAUUGUGACGCGGUGAUCAAGGGUGUGAAGUCCCUGAAGAUCCUGAAGCGAGCAGGAGAGGCCCAGGGCUCCUGGAUGAAGGAUCCCAGCAAAGGCUCCUCCAAGGUCUACUUCUUCAGCGGGACGAGGAACAGUGCCUUCCUGGAGUUCAGCAACCUGCAAGCUUUCACCGAGCUAAACUCCACCCAGGGGGCGCUCAAGGUCCAGCUGCCAUUCCCCUGGCAGGGGACGGGCCACGUCGUGUACCACAACUUCGUUUACUACCACAAGGCUGGUACAACCAAUGAGAUCGUCAAGGUGCACAUCCGCAACGGCACCGUCAGUGACAGUAUGCUGCUGCCGGGGGCUGGACGGCUGCCCGCCUACUCAUUGACCCCGCAGACCAUCAUCGACCUGGCCGUGGACGAGCUGGGCCUCUGGGCUAUCCACGCCGACCCGGACUUUGGAGGGAACCUGGUGAUCACCAAGCUGGACCGGUCCAGUCUGGCGGUGGAGCACAUUUGGGACACAGAGUGUAAGAGCCGGGAUGCGGAGGCGUCCUUCCUCAUCUGCGGGACGCUCCACGUGGUUUACAACUCGCGCUCCGGGGGGCGCUCCAGCGUGCAGUGCAUGUACGACAUCCACGACACCAUCCACAGCACGGACAGCCCCGUCUUUUUCUUCCCCAAACGCUACUCGAGCCACUCAAGCAUGCGGUACCACCCCAAAGACAAGCAGCUCUACUCCUGGGACGAUGGCUACCAGACCAUCUACCAAGUGCAGACCAAGAGGAAAAAUGAGGUCGCCUCAACCUAACUUACAAGCGAAGGCACCAUCCAUUGGCUGUAGAGGACAACCAGAUCUUAAUCAUGAAGGCAAACAAGGCUUUUUAUUUUAGGAAUUUCUCUUCAAUGUAUAAUGACCAAAAAAAUGUGAACCUAAACUUACAUUCAUACAGUAACAUACUAAUGUGAUAGACACCAGCAGAUAUGUGGCGCAAGACUAUGCAAUUUAAUAUUAAACCUUGAGAAAACUCCCUCUACUGGUCAGUUAGAGAAGUGCAUAUACGGAAUGCGAGCGUUCACAAGAUAGAAAAUUUAUACAUAAAUCACGCUGAGUAGCUACAGUAUCUAAUUGUCUGUCGGUGACUUGAUUUAAUCAGAGGUUCCACUGAAACACACAUUUUAUGGUUAAUUUAUGGUUUGCGUGGCUUAAAUUACAUAAUCGCUGUAACUGCAGACCAACACGUAUAUUGUAUCAUUAUAUAUUUUUGCAAGCAUAACUGAAAUAUAUAUUGUAAGAAAUUUUAUAUUUCAAAAUAAAAAGCAGGCUUUUC